UUCCCUCUCUGUAAGGUUGUCGUAUGUUCCAAUACAAUAGUCGCCUACUCGGCUACGCCACUUGCAUACGCUAUUAACGUUGGCUGGAUCUGAGAAUGUAGAUGGGAAAAACGUUCUAAUUACAUUUUGGAGAAUACUAGGGCGACUCGACACUAUUUCAAGAUAGUCAACGGUGUACUGUUCUCACACGCGUAACACAAUGGAUCUCUCAUUUAUGGCUGCGCAGUCUGUAAUGGCGGGGGCCUUCAUGGACUCGUCACCCAACGAUGACUACAGCACGGACCACUCCCUCUUCAACUCCUCAGCCAGCGUCCACGCGGCCUCCAUGGCAGCCCAUGACCAGCCGGAGAGGGAGCCCAUGUCCCGCGACGCCAUCUGGCUUUGGAUUGCCAUCACCGCCACCAUUGGGAACAUUGUGGUUGUGGGAGUGGUGUACGCCUUCACUUUCUGAGUGGUGGGAGCCAUGAUAAAGUGUUGCCAGCAGGAGGAAGUUGCUGCACAAGAUAUUUGAACAUAAGCUCAGAAACUUGAGAGCGACAUAAUCUCAGAACUCCACAACAGCCAAUAACCGCUCUGAAAGGCUACACUGAUACAGAGGAGUGAAUGAUUAUUGCAUUGCAUUGACAUCUUGUCCAUGCUUUUGAAAGACAAGGGACAAAUACAAAUACAGAAUUGAAUAUGUGUAAUAUGUUGGUCAUUUUACUGCAGCCAAAGGUAAAAAUAUGAAAUAUUUUGUACAUAAGUUCUGUUGAUUUUACGUAAAAAUGUUAACAUUUCUGAUGAAGCUUUAAAUAUUGAACGGAUUCUAGAAAAUAGUAUACAGUGUUGUAUAGUCAACUCUGAAUAACCUCUGAGCUAAUUGGUCAAUUCUGAAAUCACCUAAAGGACGUACCAUAUUCCUACAAAACCUUUGUAACAUGCCAAUCGAAGCGUUUGGAGAUCAUUGUAUGGAAAGUAACACUGAUAUGUUUUUAUCUUCAAAGCAUUAUCUUCAAAGCAUUACUCCACAGAGGUCACUGUAUUCUAAAGACAUCUGCCCAAAGUUAGGAGUUUAUGACAAACAUUCUAGAAACAGAAUGCCUAAUGAUCUUAGAUUUAUUUACUUACCCCAUGAAAAUAUAGUUCACCUGACACUAUCGGUUUUGGAUCAAGUAAAUCUAGUUCUCCCUUUUCUUCCUAAGUGAGCUUUGAGUGCUGAAUAGACAAUCCUUUCCGAGCAAAUUCAUAUCAAAUAAAGUAUGGGUACACUAAAACUAUUUCCCUUAAACACCCCUAUUAGACCUCAAAUCCACAUGAACGGGAUGUACGAUUUACAGAACUUGAUGUUCACUGUGACCGCUUGUUAUUUUUGUUUCCAUUCUGUAUAGCAAUCCACUUUUCACAGAUAUUCACAUGUGGAAACCAGAUUUAUCACGCUUAGAACUCACUUGGAUCCAAGCCUCUUGAUGUGACUUCUGUAACCAUAACCAUUUUUAUGUCGGUCUGAAUGUAUAUUUGGAUAUAAGAUUAUCUUUCUCCCUCGUUAUAGUUGCUCAACACAUUGUAACCCAAACUGCAUUCCAAGCCAAAUACUCAACAAAAGUAUAAACGCAACAUGUAAAGUGUUGGUCCCAUGUUUCAUUUGUUGAAAUAAAAGAUUCCAGAAAUGUUCCAUAUACA